AUGGGGGCCGCCGCCGCCGGGCUGGCGCUGCUGCUGCUGCUGGCGCUGCUGGCGCUGCUGGCGGCCCCGCGGUGGCGGCGGCGGUGGCGGCACGCGCGGAGCGACCUGGCCUUCCUGGGGCGCGCGCUGGGCUGCGGCGGGCGGCUGCUGCGCGGGCGGGCGGGGCGGCGCAGCGUGGCGCAGCGCUUCGGCCGGCUGGCGGCCGCCCGGCCGGGGCGGCCCUUCCUGCGCUUCGAGGGGCGCAGCUUCAGCUACGGGCGGGCCGAGCGCGAGAGCAACCGCGUGGCCCAGGCGCUCCGGCGCGCGCUGCUGCCCGGGCAGACGGUGGCGCUGCUGGCGGGCAACGAGCCGGCCUUCGUCUGGGCCUGGAUCGGGCUGGCCAAGCUGGGCGCCCGCCCGGCCUUCCUGGGCACCGCGCUGCGCCCGGCGGCGCUGCUCCACUGCCUGCGCGCGUGCGGCGCCCGGGCGCUGCUGGCCUCCGACGAACUCUUCGAAGCCGUGCAGCCGAUCCUUCCCAGCCUGGAGGAAACGGGCGUCGCAGUCUGGGUGAUGGGAAAGGGGCCGUAUCCGCCGGGUGUGACCGGCCUUCAGGAUCUCCUGGAGGCAGCUUCGGAAGACCCCGUUCCCGAGGACCUCUCGACCCCCGGCAACCUGAUGGAUACCUGCCUGUACAUCUUCACUUCGGGGACUACAGGACUCCCCAAGGCUGCCCGCAUCAGCCACCUCAAAGCCAUCCUCUGCUUAGGAUUCUACAAGCUGGUGGGAGCUUCCAGCUCAGACGUCAUCUACCUGGCGCUGCCCCUGUAUCACAUGUCCGGCAGCCUUUUGGGCAUCCUUGGCACGUUCGGCCUUGGGGGCACCUGUGUGCUGAAGAAAAAGUUCUCAGCCAGCCAGUUUUGGCCGGACUGUCGGACUUACGGGGUGACCAUCUUCCAAUACAUCGGGGAGCUCUGCCGCUACCUGGUCAACCAGCCACAGAGCCCUGGCGACCGAGAGCAUUGCUUGCGCAUGGCCGUGGGCAGCGGGAUGCGUCCAGAUGUCUGGCGCGCGUUCCUCCGUCGGUUCGGAGACGUGCGGGUGGUCGAAACGUAUGGCAUGACGGAAGGCAACGUCAGCCUCUUCAACUACACUGGCACCGUGGGGGCCGUGGGGCGUGCCUCUUGGAUUUACAAGUGCUUUAGCCCUUUUGAGUUGGUUCGUUUCGACGCCGUCCAAGGGGGUCCACUAAGAGACAAGGCCGGCCGAUGCCAGCGCGUGGAUCCAGGGGAACCCGGACUUCUGAUCGCUCCGGUGACAUCUCGAAGCCCCUUCCUCGGAUACGCCGGUGGGCGCGAACUGUCCGAGGCGAAGCUGCUGCGUGGCGUCUUUGCCGACGGAGACGUUUAUUUUAACUCCGGGGACUUGAUGGUGCAAGAUGCCGAAGGGUUUAUCAGCUUCUGGGACCGUACGGGAGACACCUUCCGGUGGAAAGGCGAAAAUGUCGCCACAACGGAAGUCAGCGAGAUCCUGAACACGCUGGACAGUCUGCGGGAAGUCACAGUUUACGGAGUGGCCGUCCCAGGGCACGAAGGCCGGGCAGGAAUGGCCACGGUGGCCCUGCAGCCGGACCAGGACUUCGAUGGCACCCGAGUCUUCAACCACGUGGCCGAGUUCCUUCCGCCCUACGCCUGGCCUCGCUUCCUGCGCGUCCAGGAUCAGCUGGAGAUGACCGAGACCUUCAAGCGGAAGAGGCUUCGCCUCGUGGCCGAAGGGUUUGACCCCACCCAGAUCCCGGACCCCCUCUUCUUCCUGGAUGUGGUGGCCAAGUCCUACGUGCCUUUGACCCCCGCCGUGUGGAAGAGGAUUAUCGCGGGGGAGGUCCGGCUGUAACCGACACGCUCCCUCCCAUUGCAGAGUCAAACCACGCCUCGGCUGCCCCGGGUGGUGGUGGGGAGGGGGGCGUAGUCGUGCCCAGAUGGCCCCCUCCCCUCUGCCCGGUGUGUAACUCCUUCCUCGACCCUUCUACCUCCAUUCUCACACGCUCCUCCGGUGGAAUACCUUCCUUGUAGUGCCUUGCAAGGUUUCUUACAACACAGGGCCGGAUUAUUCCCUGAUAUAUAUUCAUUUUUGCUGCAAGGCAUUUAAAAAUCUAUGCAUCUUCCUUUUUCGUACGACCCCCCCCACAUCUGCCCCAAAAGGGCACGAACUUCCUCUGGACUUGGGAGGGGGUUCUCUCUGGAUGCUGGAAAUCCCCGUUUCGAUAAAUUAAAGCAGGAGCCGGGAAGGUUCGUAACCCGCUCGAUUCCACUGUCCGCAUUAAAUUCCUGAUUGGGAUGUUCCGAUGGUUUGGAUCAAAGGCGCGGGGCCCAAGAAUCAGUUUUGGGGAGCAAACAGAUUAUAGGCGAUGGUCGGGUCGGUUGGCUCAAGGCUGGUCCCAUUUUAGAGGCUGGGAAAACUGAGGCCCAGAGAGGUGACAUAAGCUAAGGGGUCCAUUAUUGCUGAUGGAUUGUUCCAUACUUAGCCAACUGUAUAAUUUGGUGUGUGGAUUUGUUUUCUGUGAUUUAUUUUCUCUUAAUAGCUAUGCAAGAGUCGGUCCCGGGAUCUGGCUGAUGCGACCAGCGCUUUUGCACUCUGGGGCCUGACGCAACCACCGUUUUCUCCCCCC